AUGGAGUUAGGACAGCUCAGAACAGUUGACAAUGUGGAAGAAAAUGAUGAUGAGGAAGCUCUCAAAUGGGCUGCUCUUGAAAGACUCCCCACUUAUGAUCGAGCCCGGAAAGGGAUCUUUAAUGGAGAUGCAGGAGAAUCUAAAGAAGUUGAUCUUCGGAAGCUUGGAUUUCAGGAGAGGGAGGAGUUGUUGAACAGAGUCAUUAGACAUGCAGAUGAUAAUGAAGAGUUCUUACGGAAGCUCAAGAACAGAAUGGACAGGGUUUCUCUGGACUUACCUACAAUUGAAGUUCGAUUUGAGAAUCUAAAUGUUGAAGCCGAGGCCUAUGUGGGAAGCAGAGCUUUGCCCACAAUCCUCAACUCUUAUUUUAAUCAGAUAGAGGGUCUGUUAAACUUCCUCCAUAUUCUUCCAAGUAAGAAGAGGAAAAUAUCGGUACUUCACAAUACAAGUGGAAUUAUCAAGCCUGGAAGAAUGACUUUGCUUCUAGGACCGCCAAGCUCAGGGAAAACCACCUUAUUGUUAGCCCUGUCAGGUAAACUUGAUUCAGAACUGAAGUUUUCUGGGAAAGUAACAUACAAUGGCUAUGAAAUGCAUGAGUUUGUCCCUCAGAGGACUUCAGCGUAUAUCAGCCAGGAAGAUGUCCACAUCAGUGAAUUGACAGUGAGAGAAACACUAACUUUUGCUGCAAGAUGCCAAGGAGUUGGUACUAAUUAUGAUGCACUCAUGGAGUUGCUGAGAAGAGAGAAGGAAGCAAAUGUCAAACCAGACAGCGACAUAGAUAUGUAUAUGAAGGCAGCAGUUUUAACAGGACAUAAGGAAGACAUAGUUACAAACUAUAUUCUUAAGAUUUUAGGACUUGAAGUUUGUGCUGAUACCAUAGUUGGAGAUGUAAUGAGAAGAGGUAUUUCUGGUGGACAGAAGAAACGCGUUACAAUAGGGGAGAUGCUGGUGGGACCUUCCAUGGCAUUCUUCAUGGAUAAUAUAUCCACUGGUCUUGACAGUUCAACGACUUUUCAGAUCAUCAACUCUAUCAAGCAGUCAAUCCAUAUUCUCAACAAGACCACUCUUAUCUCCCUCCUCCAGCCUGCACCAGAAACUUAUGAUCUCUUUGAUGACAUUAUUCUGAUCUCAGAAGGGCAGAUUGUGUACCAGGGCCCAUGUGAAUAUGUCCUUGAGUUCUUUGAAUCUAUGGGUUUCAGAUGUCCUGAGAGGAAAGGCAUUGCUGACUAUUUACAGGAAGUAACAUCAAGAAAGGAUCAGAAACAGUACUGGGCUAAUGAAGCCAAACCACAUAGUUAUGUUUCGAUCAAUGAGUUUACAGAGGCUUUUAAGGCAUUCCAUGUUGGCAGAGCCAUCCAAUGCGAGCUUGCAACCCCGUUCAACAGGGCAAGGAGCCAUCCAGCAGCUUUGACAAAAUCCAAAUAUGGAACUAGCAAGAAGGAACUAUUGAAAGCUUGUUUAUCAAGAGAAUUUAUUUUGAUGAAGAGGAACUCAUCUCUAUAUGCUUUCAAGCUACUUCAGUUUGUAUUUACGGCAAUCAUUGUGGCAACAAUCUUCACAAGAAGCAAUAUGCAUCACAACGAAUUAAAAGAUGGAACCAUCUAUCUUGGUGCUCUCUAUUUUGGGCUCACUGUAACUCUCUUCAGUGGAUUUUUUGAACUUUCAAUGACAAUUGGGAAACUCCCCGUCUUCUAUAAGCAAAGGGACCUCCUGUUUUAUCCUUCAUGGGCAUACUCAUUGCCUACACCGAUGCUUGGGACUAUUCUAUCCAUUCUUGAAGUUACCCUUUGGAUAGCCAUAACUUAUUAUGCAAUAGGCUUUGAUCCCGAUCUCAAAAGGAUGUCUAAACAAUAUCUUAUUCUCGCAAUGAAUGGACAGAUGUCUUAUGGAUUUUUCAGGUGCAUUGCUGCAUUAAGUAGGAACUUUGUUAUUGCAAACACAAGCGCGCACGUUGCACUUAUAUGGCUACUAAUAUUCAGUGGAUUUGUCUUAGCGCGAGAGAAUAUAACGAAAUGGUUGAGCUGGGGGUACUGGACAUCUCCCCUCAUGUAUGUUCAAAAUGCACUUUCAGUGAAUGAAUUCCUUGGGGAGAAAUGGAAGGUGUCUACUGGAUCAACAGCACCAUCACUGGGAAUAUCUGUCUUGAAGUCACGUUGUUUGUUCACUAAUCCAGAUUGGUAUUGGAUUGGUUUUGGUGCACUAAUCUGUUUCAUCUUCUUAUUCCAUGGGAUCUACAAUUUGGCUCUUGCAUAUCUCAAUGAAUAUGGGAAAUCUCGAGCGGUCUUUUUAUCUGAAGAAGCUUUGAAGGAGAAGCACAUCAACAGGACAGGUGAGGAAAACAGGACCUCAGAGUAUGGAGCACACUCAAAUGGAAACAAAGCAUCCAGAAAAGCUGGUGAUGUUGGAAAAUACCAGGAGAAAGGCAUGCUUCUCCCAUUUAGACCUCUUACCAUUGCAUUUGAGAAUAUCAGAUAUUCAGUUGAUAUGCCACAGGCAAUGAAAGCGCAAGGUGUUGAAGUCAAUCGAUUAGUACUUCUGAAGGGACUGAAUGGAACUUUCAGGCCUGGAGUGCUUACAGCACUGAUGGGUGUUAGUGGAGCUGGGAAGACUACUCUCCUAGACAUGUUGUCGGGAAGGAAAAACAUCGGAUACAUAGAGGGAAACAUCACAGUCUCAGGCUACCCCAAGAAACAGGAAACCUUUGCUCGGGUUUCUGGAUACUGUGAACAAAAUGACAUUCACUCCCCACUUGUUACAGUGUACGAGUCCCUAUUAUACUCAGCAUGGCUAAGGUUACCUGCAGAGAUCAACCCUGAGACUAGAGAGAUUUUCAUUCAGGAAGUUAUGGAACUGAUUGAACUGACACCAUUAGGAGAAGCAUUGGUUGGAUAUCCAAAUGUGAAUGGGCUCUCCAUUGAGCAGCGCAAAAGGCUAACCAUUGCAGUUGAGCUUGUUGCAAACCCCUCAAUAAUAUUCAUGGACGAGCCGACAUCAGGCCUUGAUGCCAGAGCAGCAUCCAUUGUUAUGAGAGCUGUCAGGAAGAUCGUGGACACUGGAAGAACGGUAGUGUGCACAAUCCAUCAACCAAGUAUUGACACAUUCGAGUCUUUCGAUGAGCUUUUUCUACUGAAGAGAGGAGGUGAAGAAAUAUAUGUGGGUCCUUUGGGACAUCAGGCCGGCCAUAUGAUCAAAUACUUUGAGGAAAUCAAUGGAGUUGAUAGGAUUAAAGAUGGUUAUAACCCAGCAACAUGGGUGUUGGAAGUGACUACUGAUGCACAAGAAGAGUUUCUUGGAGUCAAAUUUGCAGAAAUAUACAAAAAAUCAGAUCUCUUCCAGAGAAACAAAGCUUUGAUCAAGGAGUUGAGUACACCUCCUCCCAAUUCACAAGACCUCAACUUCUCUUCGCAGUAUCCAAGGUCCUUCCUCACCCAGUUCAAAGCCUGCCUAUGGAGGUAUUACAAGUCCUAUUGGCGCAACACAGCAUACAACUCCCUUAGAUUUCUAGCCAGCACUAUGGAGGCCUUCAUGUUGGGCAUUACAUUUUGGGGCCUCGGGUCCAACAGGAGAACAGGACUGGAUAUUUUCAAUGUCUUGGGUUCUUUACACACGGCGGUUAUGUUCUUGGGCACACAGAAUGCUUCAAUUGCGCGGCCGGUUGUUAUCAUGGACAGGGCGGUUUUCUACAGAGAGAGGGCUGCUGGGUUCUACUCUGCCUUGCCUUAUGCAAUUGCACAGAUUGCAAUUGAGAUCCCAUACACUUUGACUCAGGCCAUUAUAUAUGGGAUUAUAGUGUAUACCAUGAUGGGAUUGGAACUGAAAGCUGCAAAGUUUUUCCUGUACCUAUUAUUUCAGAUCAUCUCACUUCUGUACUUCACAUAUUUCGGAAUGAUGAUUAUAGCAGUGAGUCCUAAUCAAGAAAUUGCAACCCUGUUGUCUGCUCUCUUCUACACACUUUGGAAUAUCUUCUCAGGCUUUAUAAUUCCCAGAAAGAGAAUCCCUGUGUGGUGGAGGUGGUACGCUUGGGUGUGCCCUGUUGCAUGGAGUUUGUAUGGAUUUGCUGCAUCACAAUAUGGAGACGUGCAGACGAAGAUGGAAAGUGGUGAAACAGUGGCGGAGUACAUGAGAAAUUAUUUUGGAUACAGACACGACUUCUUAGGGGUUGUUUGUAUGGUGCUGAUUGGGUUUAAUGUGCUCUUCGCUUCUGCGUUUGCUUACUCCAUGAAGGCCUUGAACUUCCAGAAAAGAUGAGGAAAGUUUAGUUGUCCAAAAGUGAAACAAAAAUCAUAGUCUUUAUAGGAUUAAUGACUUGACCAAUAUUAAAAUUUCUCCAAGUUUACUUGAA